AUGACAUCCGCGGCCACCACAGCCGCUGACUCCGCUUCGGCACCCAUAUCUGAGGCGAUGGCCACCAGCUCCGCUCCUGAACCAGCGCCAGCGCUAGAGUCCGCCACUAAUCCCGACCGUGCAGCCCUCAACAUCACUGCCUAUCCUCACAUCUUCGAUUCGAUCCUCGCAUUCUGCCCCGCGCACUACGACACAAUAAAAGCCUUACGCUCCACCUGCCAUGCGGCGCGCAACGCGAUCGAGGCCAACCUCGCGCGCCACAUCACGGUCAAAUCGACCUCGACGAAAGAAGGCAAGUUUCUUCACAUCCGCAGCGCGUCUGGCGUACCGAUCCCAGGCGUCCGUGCGCGCGACUAUCUCGCCCUCGCACAGGCUCGUGAGUCAGCUAUCCCACCGGCGCGGCCCAAGAGACCCGGACCAUCGCUGGAGCCGAGCUCGCCGGGGGACGUGACUCCCGAGCAGGCUCUGGCCACCAUCGCCCGCGUGUUGGCCCAUACGCGCGUGCUCGACGUCGGCGGGUUUGUUGGGGGAGAUGUCGUUGUCCAACUCGCUCCAUGGCUCAAGCUCGAUGUUGUGCGCCUCCCCACCUACCGCAUGGCGGGAGCAAACGACAAUAACACUACCCUCAACGCGAACACUGUUGUCCUCUCCCCAUCCUGCGCAGGGGCCUACCGCUCAACAUACGUGCUCAUCGUGCCGCCUGGGACGCGGCGGUUCGUGACCCACGAGUUCACAGACCUCGCCCCAGACACUUGGGCGACUGUGUCGUGUGGGUGUCGCGAGGGCUCUCCGCAGCCAGGCUACGCAUGCCAGACCCUCGAGGAGGUGGUCAUCGCGUUCGUCCAGCGUCGCCCGGCCAAAGGAACGAGCGACAUGGAGUUCGGGUAUACGCCGGACCGCAUAACCGCUCUUCGUAGGACUUUUCCGAACGCGCGUUUCGUGCUCGUUGGUGCGGAAGGGAGUCGGCUUGGCAAAACUCCACCAGCUCAGCGUCCGUUCGGCGAAUCGAGCGAAUAUAUCAAGCGCCUGAUCCUCGAGAGUGAGAAUGCUGCCAAACUGGGGGAUUUCGAGUGCUUCAAGCUCGCCGAGUGGCGCAAGGUCAUCGGCGAGAAGCGGUGGGCGCUCGAGAUGGGACUCGGCGACACGCAGGUGCUGAACCGCACCGAGGGGAGUUGGAGUGAGUAG